ACAGCUCAGCUCAGGCAGGCAGGCAGGCAGGCGGGGGGAAGCGCAUCAUCCUCAGAGAAACAUGAUCAUCAGGGGAACAUAAACGCGUUAUUCGCCUCCGAUCAGAUGAUUCGAAAACUCCAUGCGUUUUGCCUUAUCCUCCAAAGGACAUAACACAAGAGGCCGGCGUGCAAGGAAAGACACAAGCCGACAUCAUCAGCCGCUGCGCCGCUGUGUGAGGCGAGGUCAUCGCGGAGUAUCCAAGGUUCCCAUGAUCCCCUGUGCCUUGAUCCCAGUCUAAACUCUCAAAACGACCUCAAGCCCCACCACUGACCUCAGUCAUCUCUUCAACCAGCGCUGUUAUUGAUGUCUCAGAGAGGAUGUGAGUAGGCGAAGGACUGAGGGUAGAAACCCCCCCACAAUAAGUCCAACCAAGAAAGGAACAGGGAUCACAUGGCUGCUAUGGACUGACGGGUCAACUGAUACCAGAUCACACUGGCUUUGCUUGGAAGUUGACAAUGGUGUUGUUUCUGAUUGGGAUCUCUAUUGCUGUGAAUAAUUCAUCCCAUGAGAACCAAACUGCAGAAAACCCCACCCAUCAGGGUGCUCACGUGCUGCCCUCAACACUGGUCAUCUCACUGCUUCUCAUCAUCGUUGUCCUGCUGACAAUCUACUGUUUAAGGUUCAAAAACCACAGGAAAGCUCUGGUUACCUCGGUGGACAAAAAGAUUCCAAAUGGCUUCUUGGAGGAACAAGGAGAGCAGACAGUGGUCCUCCUCCCCAGAUCUCCCUCGCCAUCCAAGAGGUACUUCCCCAUCCCUCUGGACUCACUGGAGGAGGAGUACCGGAUACGCUCCGCAGACGAUGGCAAGCUCUUCAGAGAGGAGUUCAAUUCGCUGCCGUGUUACUACCACCACGGGUCUUUUGAGGAGGCGAGCAGAGAGCACAACAGAGAGAAAAACAGAUACCCAAACAUUUUACCAUACGAUCAUUCAAGAGUCAUUUUAAGUCAUCUUGAUGGACAUCUCUGUUCGGACUACAUUAAUGCAUCAUACAUAGAUGUGAGUCUUACUCGCAAAGAAAGGAGCUCUAUGUGAUA